CUUAUACACUAUUCUGCAAUCUCUUUUUGGGUUUUUUAUUAUUUUGUCGAUUUCAAUGGAAGACCAAAGCUUUCUUUCUGGGCUUUCUCCGAACUCAGCGACGCCACAGAUUCUUUAGUUAUGGUUAUCCCUACUCGGCUCCUCCACUUCCCCUCGGAAAAAGCUUAGAAACUCUCAUCGCAAUGGAAUAAUCGUAUCCCCUGUUCUGCAAUCUUUUUUUGGGUUUUUCUAUUCUUUUGUUUUCAAUGGAAGCCCAAAGCUUUCUUUACGGGCUUUGUCCGAACUCAGCGACGUCACUACUUCAAAAACCUGGAAAAUCAACUGCUGUAAGAUUACUAUCUUCUUCUUCUUCUUUGUUCAUUGAAUCGCAGAAAUGGAUUUCUCUCAAAACCCAUUGCACUUCAACGCUAGUUUCACAAAAGGUGGGAAAUAGAAAGAGAUUAGAGUGUAGAAACAGAGUUGAAGUAGUAGGGGACCUUACGGAAAGUGAGAAGGUUUCGAUGAAUGGCGUUCGACGGAAAAAGCUGGCAGUUUUCGUCUCUGGUGGGGGAUCCAACUUUCGGUCCAUACACGAGGCCAUUGUCCAGGGAUCUAUUCAUGGGGACGUCGUUGUUUUGGUAACAAAUAAACCUGGUUGUGGGGGUGCUGAAUUUGCAAGAGAUUGUGGAAUUCCUGUUAUUCUGUUUCCCAAAACAAAAGAUGCAGCGGAGGGACUAUCUUUGACUGAUCUUAUAACUUCUCUGAGAAAAUUUGAGGUCGACAUUAUUCUUCUAGCUGGAUACUUAAAACUUAUACCAGAUGAGUUAGUUCGGGCAUACCCAAGAUCCAUAUUAAACAUCCAUCCUUCUCUUCUUCCAGCUUUUGGUGGCAAAGGCUACUAUGGUAUGAAGGUGCAUAAAGCUGUCAUUGCAUCUGGAGCUAGAUAUUCUGGUCCCACAAUCCACUUUGUUGAUGAAAAUUACGAUACGGGGUGUAUCCUUGCCCAAAGGGUAGUACCUGUUUUGGCAAAUGACACCGCAGAGAAGCUUGCUGAAAGGGUCCUUCAUGAGGAGCAUCAAUUGUAUGUUGAAGUAACUGGGGCAUUUUGUGAAGAGCGAGUUACUUGGAGGGAAGAUGGAGUACCUCUCAUACGAAGCAGAGAGAACCCAAAUAAAUACAGCUGACUGAAAUAUCGCUUGGAAUAUGUGUCAAUAACUCUUUCUUUUGGAAGGCCAUUGUUAAUCCUUUCGUGCUUUAUUGAAUGCACCAGAUUUUCAGCAAGGUUUGCAUCAGAUCGGCAUUUUCAAUCAAUUGCUACUUUAUUGCUGGGUGGUACAAAUUCUGGAACAAUUUUUAUUUAAUGUUUCUUCUUGAGAAACAGCUACUACUGCACUUCCUUCUUAGCUAUACAUUCAUUGACUGUGUAAACUUCUUAGUUACAUUUGUGUUUUUUGUAUUUAUCAGCUAAGGAGGUGCAGAUCAGUGUUAGUGUCAA